GGCACUUCCUCCGGCGUCAGUGCCUCUCUAGCGCGCGGCUGCUCUCUGGCAGGGCUCAGGAUGGCGCCCGUGGAGCAUCUCGUGGCCGACGCCAGCGCCUUCCUGCGGGGGGCGCCGCUCCAGGAGAUCGGCAGGCGCGUCUACACCACCCGGGAGGUGCUGGCGGAGAUCCGGGACCGGGCGGCGCGGCGGCGGCUGGCGGGGCUGCCCUUCGAGCUGCUCCUCCGGGAGCCCUUCCCCGAGCACGUGCGCCUAGUGAGCGAGUUCUCCAAGCAGACGGGCGACUUCCGCAGCCUCUCCGCCGCCGACAUCCAGGUGCUGGCCCUGACGCUGCAGCUGGAGGCCGAGCAUGGCGACGGGCGCCCCCUGCGGACGCAGCCGCGGCCCCAGGUACAGCUCAGCUUAACAAACCGCCACCCUGAAGCACCGGUUGAUGUUCCUGGCUUCCACGUUCCCCCCAAGACAAAAUGCCCAGGGAAUGAGAGGAUCCCUUUGGAAGCAGAAACAGAUCCAGCAGAUCCUGUAGCACUUGCAGAGACUGAGUUUUCUUCUUUCCUGUUCUGGAGGAACCCAUUGCCUAACAUAGAGGAGGACCUGGAAGGCCUGUUGAAAGCAGACCCUCUUCUAUUGGAGGCGAAGGACCCUGAAGGCCAGGAGAGUAGUGAGGAGGAGAGUGGCAAGGAGGAGGGCUGGAUCACGCCGAGGAACAUUGAGCAGAUCCAGAAGAGCACUUGCUGGGGGAGUGAGCCUGCCAAGGUGCAGGUUGGCUGCGUCACCACUGACUUUGCUAUGCAGAACGUUCUGCUGCAGAUGGGGCUACAUGUGCUGGCGUUCAAUGGUCUCCUGAUCCAGCAUGCCCGCAGCUAUAUCCUGCGUUGCCAUGGUUGCUUCAGGACAACGUCAAAAAUGACCCGGCUUUUCUGCCCCCACUGUGGGAACAAGACGCUGAAGAAAGUGGCCGUGACAGUGAAAGACGAUGGCAGCUUCCACUUGCAUUUUUCUCAGAACCCCAAAGUCCUGAAUCCACGUGGCCUCCGGCACUCCCUGCCAUCUCCGCAAGGAGGCAAGCACGCCAGUAACCCCCACCUGACAGAGGAUCAGCGCUUCCCCCAGCAGCGGCUCUCCCGCAAGGCCAGGCAGAAAACCAAUGCCUUUGACCCCGAUUAUGUGGCUGGAGUUUCUCCCUUUGCUGAACAUGACAUUCACAGCCGGGCAGCCAAUCUGCAGAUCCGGGAUGCAGCACUGGGUGCGGGCAAGAGGCGCCUGAACCCGAACAUGAGUCGCAAGAAGUUUGUGAAAAACAAGUGAGGGAGAGAGGCCAGAUUCAGCCCUUUGGACAUGGGUGAAAGGGCUGUUGUGAGGCAAUCCAAAAAGGGCUGCAGGAAAAGUGUCUUUUGGAGAAAGUUGACUUGGACUCUCGAGAACCAUAGCAGCAGUAUUUGGAAUAAACCCUGGCUUUUCUUCAAUUAUGGCUGUUUUUUAGAUGUGGAGAAAAUAAAUUUGGCUUCUUUCAAGUGA